CUAUGAAGCCCAGACCAAUCACACCGCAGGCUGUCAAUCAAACACGUGAAGGCCAUGUCAUAGCUGUCCGUAGAGUAGUGCGUGUUUAUUUAACUACACAUCGUGUCCGGUUUUCUUCAAGGCUUCGGGGUGUAAUGUAAUUGUCAGACAACAUGCACAAGGCAGCUCACGCUAAAGUAGCGGAAUAUACAGGGGCCAUUUUCUGUAUAGCAGCAGAACACUUGAAGCUAACGAGGAAGUGGCGCACACACUGAGUCUCGAACAAGCAACAGCUUCACAACAGAGAAGCCGUUCGUGUAUCGUGUAUGGCACACGGCACACUAGCAGUGUAGAAACACCCGACACCAUGGAUGCCAUCGGCAUCUUAAACACCAAUCCGCUGGACGAAUACGAGCUGAUCCACCGCAUCGGGAGCGGCACCUACGGAGAUGUUUUUAAGGCACGUAACAUUAACACAUCGAUCAUCGCAGCCAUCAAAGUAGUCAAGCUGGAUGCUGGAGAUGACAUUUCAAACAUUCAGCAAGAAAUUACCAUGAUGAAGGACUGCAUGCACAAAAACAUUGUGGCCUAUUUUGGCAGCUACCUCAGAAACAACAAAUUGUGGAUCUGCAUGGAGUUCUGUGGAGGAGGGUCAUUGCAAGACAUCUACCACGUGACUGGACCUCUCAAAGAGAGACAGAUAGCAUAUGUGUGCAGAGAAACACUACAGGGACUACAUUAUUUACAUAUGAUGGGGAAAAUGCACAGAGAUAUAAAAGGAGCCAACAUUCUUCUGACCGAGAGAGGGGAUGUCAAACUAGCUGAUUUUGGGGUAGCAGCAGAAAUAAAUGCUUCAGUUGUGAAGAGAAAAUCUUUUAUUGGUACUCCAUACUGGAUGGCUCCAGAGGUGGCAGCUGUAGAGAGGAAAGGUGGCUAUAACCAACUGUGUGAUAUCUGGGCAGUGGGCAUAACAGCCAUAGAACUAGCAGAACUUCAGCCACCAAUGUUUGAUAUACACCCAAUGAGAGCUUUAAUGCUGAUGUCCAAAAGCAGCUUUCAACCACCUAAACUGAAGGACAAGACCAAAUGGUCCAGGGAAUUCCACCUUUUUGUCAAGAUGGCACUUACUAAAAGUCCUCGUAAAAGGCCAACAGCUGAGAAACUACUUGAACAUGUUUUUGUUACCCAACUCCUGACACGUAAUUUGGUCAUAGAGUUGCUAGACACUGCCAACAACCCUGAUCUUCAGCACUCUCAGACUAUGGAUGACAGUGAUUUUGAGACGUGCAGUAUUUUUCCUGAUAAGAUUACAUCUUUAGGGAAACACCUGCCUGUCAGAAAAGAGCAGUUUGGCCAUGAAAAGUUUGGACCAUCCACACAGAAAGACACAGACCCUUGUCCUGAAUCACUGGGAUCCUAUGAUGAUUGGAGCUCCAUUGGGAAUGAGGAAGAAUCUCCAGGUUUACUGGAAUGUGUUGAGGAGGCUUUGCUGGAGAGGAGCUUAACUAUGAAGAGAGCACCCUCAGCUGAGGACUCACCAACAGAAGAGGACAAAUAUGGCACAGUAAAAAGGGUGGUCACAAGGCCCCAGGCAGCUAAAAUUAAUUCUCAUUCAAAUCAGGAUAAAACUGGCUCCACCUCCUCUCCAAGUCUCUCUUCCCCUCUCACUGGCUCAACACUCCACUCAGAUGCUAACCCCUUGCUUGUUAAUGAGUCAGCACAGCUGGUUGGCUCAACAGCCUCUGACCUUUCCUUCCUCACAGACAUCUCGCUCAUCAGUGACUCCUCAUUCUUUAACGAUUCCACCAGUCUGGGCUCCCUGUGCAUGACUCCAAACAAUGAUUUAAUAAGUGGAAGCUCCUUUGCUAUUAAGUCAGGAGGGAACAGAAGUCACUCUCCUCCCCGGCAGCCGCUCUCACCUGAAUGGAGCACGCUUAGAAGAAAAACAGAAGACUCUAAAGAUGGUGUUCAUGGACUGCCACCUACACCUCAAGUGCAUAUGGGAGCCUGUUUCUCCAAGGUAUUUAAUGGCUGUCCUUUGAAGAUUCUCUGUGCUGGUACUUGGGUUUUACCAAAGACCAGAGAUCAACAUUUAAUCCUAGGUGCAGAGGAGGGCAUUUACACUCUCAAUCUCAAUGAACUCCAUGAGGACACUAUGGAGAAGUUGCUCCCACAGAGAUGCAGCUGGCUGUAUAUCAUGAACAAUGUGCUAAUGUCUGUCUCAGGAAAGUCCUCACAGCUGACCUCCCACAGUCUGCCUGCACUCUUUGAGCAACGCGAAAACAUGCAACGGCGCCAAGGUCACCUGUCAAUCAAUGCCCACCGCUUAAGUACAAGAAUCAGCUUAAGGAAGUAUGCCAUGUCUGUGAAGAUCCCGGACACUAAAGGCUGUAGAAAGUGUAGUGUAGUACGAAACCCCUAUACGGACAGCGUUUUCUUGUGCGCAGCAGUGCCAAAUGGACUGGUUCUUCUCCUGUGGUAUGAGCCAAUGCAGAAAUUCAUGCAGCUUAAAAACAUACCUCUGAAUCUGCCUGAGUCUUUGCCAAUCUUUGAGCUUCUUGUGGAAGAGAGCGAGGAACUUCCACAUUUGUGUGUGGGGGUGCACUACAGAAAUCACAACUCGAGAGAGGCCAAGGAUCAUCUAAAAUUCAAUAUCAUCCCUCUUGAUGAUACAACUAGAGAGCACCCAGAUGGUGAGAGUCUCAAACUGAAACAAGUAACUCAACUGGAUAGAGACACAGUCCUCAUAGCUCUGGGAGACACUGUGAGGGCUGUAAAUCUGCAGGGCUGCUCCACAAAAGGUCUGAUCUCAGAACUCAUCUUCAACUUCUCCAUUGAGACACUUGUGUGCUUGCAGGAUAGUGUUCUUGCCUUUUGGAAACACGGACUAAAGGGAAUGAGCUUACAAAGUGGCGAGGUAGUACAAGAGAUCACAGAUGAGAGUCGUGUCUUCCAAGUGCUGGGGACAAAUAAGGAUAUCAUCUUACAAAGCACUCCCACGGAUGAUCCGUCUGCUAUGAGCAACCUGUAUAUCCUUACUGGCCAUGAGAGCAGCUACUAAUGCAACUUGGAAGUUGAUCUACAGUCAUAAAGGCACUUCUGUCCUCUACAACAGAUAAAGGAGGUGACCUCAGAUCCCACAGAGCUGGGAGGCAGAGGGCACCAGCAUCAUUCCUGCCAAUGUGAGAAAUCAAGCAGAUUCACACAGAAACAAGAUGAAGAGGAAUGAAAGGCAGGGUUGAGCUCCCAAAAGCACUGAUACAACAGCAAAUGAAUAGAGAGAUUGAAAGAUGGACUUACAGUUACUACAGUUAAAGAUGAAAAAAAGACAAAAUUGAUGUUUGAACUGUACUGUAGGAACAUGGUUUGGUAAUGUUAUGUAGCAGAAACAAGACUGUGAGCACCAUCUUACCUGAAGGCUAAACAGAUUUGGUGGCAAACAGCAAAGCUUGUCCUGUUCUAGUUUUACUACAGGUGGUACUACAGCAAAUCUCGACUGUCUUUGGUGGCGUUGUACUUUUGCAGAAUGGUGUGUUUUUUGGUGUGUAUUAUGUAGGCAGCUAAACACAAGCUGACUCAUUUGAUCAUCUGAUCAGAGAAAUAUAAUUGUUGAUUUCUCAUUCUGACUACUAAAGAAUGUACACUGCACUGUGAAAUCCGAUGUAGAAAUUAACAAGUAUUAAAACCUAUAACACUC